AAGCUGUCCAUAUUUGUUUGCAAGGCCGUGUUGAGGUUCAACUCCCUGUCUUUCUCACGAUUCCUCAAAUAUUUACAACAUUUCGUAAACAAGAAUCCCUGCGCCGCUUAUUAACCUUAUACGUGACAAGUAUCAUGACCAAAUCAGGCAAAUGCGGCUGAUUUCGAGGACCAAGUGAGCUGUAAAGCAAAUCAACAUGUGGAAAAUUUUCUUCAGAGGGGUGCGAGAAUCGAUUGGGAGGUGCGGAGAACGAGCUGUGGGAACAGCCUGCGAAGGAAAUGGAUUCGCAAGCGGUCCUAAGCCAGGGAAAGAGGGUCCGAGUUCGAACCCGGAAGGCAACACUGCCAGCCAGGUUGCCUCCAAGUCGGAAUGUUCACAAACGCUGCUCAAAGGACUGGGGCUGGGCACGGUUGUGUGGUUCACGCAGUUUGCUCGCGACUGGCAUUGCUGGACGAGGAGACACCAUUCGCAAUUCGUCGUGAAGGAGGAUGAGCACAGGAAGCUGGGCUGUCGGUACAAAUGCCUGCUGAAGGUGUUGGCAGGGGUGGCCAAAACGCAGCCCAUCGAGGCUGCUACAAGCGAAAGUGAUCAUUUCGAUCCCAUCGAAGUCGCAAUUGUUCGAAAUGAAGACACAACCUCCUCGUCCUCCCCGUAUACUGAGCAGGAGGUGUCUGACGCACAAAAACAGCUGAAAGAAAUCGGCAGCAACAUUGACAACAUCCUUGGUGUCUGUUACCAAAAUCAGUCGAAACCAGAAAUGGCUUUGGAGAAUUUCAAGCUGGCUUGGUCUGGUGGCAAUGUCAGAGCGUGCUACAAUUUGGGUCUGUGCUACGAGCUUGGUGUAGGAACUGAUCCGGACCCAGUCAAGGCCGCUGAGUACUACAAAACAGCCGCCAGUCUGGGCCACGUGCAGGCGGCAUACAACCUGGGCGUCUACUACGCGCAGGGCCGAGGUGGGCUGCCCAAGGACAAGUCGAUGGCGAAGCAACUGUUCCUUGAGGCUGCCAACAAGGGUCUGCUGCAGGCCAAAGCCGCCGUUGAGGCCAUGACGCCGUACCAACCGCCUGAAACACACGUCCAGGUGCACCACCCACCCAGUCUGCAUUCUGUGGCCGUCGGUACUUAGUUCAAACAACGUCCGGACAAAAGCCUGGAUUAAUUAAUUUUAGACAAGGUAGGAUGUAAUUUUGUACUGUGAACUGAUCUGAAAAACCUGUGCUCUGUGAAAUCUACGAGACUUUCGGAAGAUUUAAUUAAUCAGUAUAUUUUUAGUUUAAUUUUAAACUCCUGAGAAAGGUUUUGCAGUGAUUUAUUUUAAAAUCUGAUGCUCCAGAUUGCCUUCAAUCUUGAAAUUAGGAGACCUGUAACUGCCUGUAUGUUCAAUUCACCGUGCCAAUUUGAAGCUAUUUUAUUUGAGGAUAAACUUAAUUGCCACCAGUGCUGUCAGACAGCAAAAUCUUUUUGCCGUGCUGCAAAACAACGAGACUUUCUCACAAAGAGAACAACGAACAUGAUGUAUCCUAUGGAAAUAUUUAGACAAAUUUUUUUGUAACAACGCUGUGUCGUCAUUAAGUCAGAAUAAUUAGCAAUGAUGUUGUACGUUUGAAUAUUUUUUAUUUCUGAAUUUUAGUCCUCCAGAGCCUAGUAGGUUUCUGGUCAUUUUUCCUAGCUUUUGAACUGCACUCAUUUCAAUGCACUUACAUUUUCUUUUUGGACUGAAAUUCUUUUAUAAUGUUCAACGUUUGGUAGAUGUUCACCGCAAUUUCUUUGUGCAAAUCAAUAUAAAUAAAUAAAUAAAUAUAGUUUUGUCCAUAUA